GCUUCGGCCUACCUCCUCGGCCUGAACCUUCCCGCUACAUGGUGUCAGAAGUGGGAUGCCUGGUUCCCGCCACUCGACAUGGCUAACGAAGACGCUCCAGUUCCUGCUCUCGCUGCCACCAUUCUUUGGAGUCCGGCUCCGUUCUCCUUCGACGAUGCCGGCGAGUGGCUGCCCUGGUUACAGCAAUUUGAGGACUAUGCCUUUGCCACUGGCAUGCACGCAGCCCCGGAGGAGACUAGGGUUAGGACUCUCCUCUACUGCAUGGGUCCCCGUGCAUGCAUCGUCCUCAGUUCUCUCAUGUCCGAUGAAGACGCGUACAAGUCUUACGCGGAAGUCACCCGGCGGCUCACAAGCUACUUCGUGCACCCCGUAAACAAGGCGUACGAGAGCUCUCGGUUUCAUAAGCGGACCCAACAGCCAGGUGAAACUGUCGACAGUUUCUUCACGGCCCUUCGGAACAUGGUACAUAAGUGUAACUACCCGUCACCUGCCGUUGAAGAGCGUCUUGUUCGCGACCGUUUCGUCGUGGGUUUGGCGGAUUCUCACCUUUCAGACAAGCUGUGCCGCACUCCGAGCCUUUCCCUGGACGACGCAAUCGUGCAAGCUCGUCAGCACGAAGACACCGAACGCGAAAAACAACGCCUGUCCCUCACCGCUGGGCAACCGCCUAUGGCAGCUCACGUGGAUGCGACGGCUUCGUGUAAACCCAUGCAGCGUGCACGCGGACGACGCAACUCUGGCAACUUUGCCGACUUUGUGUCAAGUGACCGGCCCAAUGGUUCGCACAUGAGCAACAGAGCUGGCAAGGCUUCGAAAAGCGGUCUAGGCCUAAGUGGGCAGUGCGAAUUUUGCGGUCACGAGUUUCACUGA